UAUUUGAUCCAUAUCCGACUUAGCCAGUUAGGAAAACAAAGAGUUACAGUGGUGGUAAAUUCUCCUCCCUGCCUUCUUUGCUUGCAGAUCAGCCGGCUCCAGCUUCAAGUAGUAUGGCAAAGGUGAAAUGAGAGAAGCCUGGUGUGCAUAGUAGGGAGAGGAGCACGAUAUUCUGGGUUAUGUUGAAGAAAUGAGGUUCAUUUAGGGUUCUGUUAUUAGGUUAGUCAAAAGGCAUUUGUCAAGGCAUCAUGAUAGGAGCUUUCCGCUCCAACCGGGUUUCUGUGUACAGCAUACCAGCUCCACACAGCUCCGAGCAGACUGCAGGGCAGGAAAGUCCGCAUAUCCGCUAUUGCCCAGCCUACCAAGAAGGCUUGUGUCAGAAGUACUGUUUCUUCAGACGGACGAGGUCGUGUUUCUGGAGGAGAUGGCUUCUAGGAAUAUUACCUAUAGUUUUUUUAAUAGUUACAGUAACCAUAUUAGUCCUGCACUACUCAUUCUCUCCAGCUUUCUCCUUUAUUUAUAUUGGUGGAAGUGUAGAAAUUCCUAAUGUGACUUACACAAGUGACCUCAAUGAUCCAAAGUCACAGAAAUUUCUCCUGCAAGCAGAAGCAAUCCAAAAUUAUUUUGCAGAAACAUAUGAAUCUUCCUUCUUGGGAAAGUAUUACUUGAAGUCUGUAGUGGCUGCUUUCAGUGAAGGAGAGUCUGGACUUCGAGCUUACUGCUGGAAUACAUUCUGGGCACCACAAGAUGUGGUUGCUUCUUUUAAAAAAUUAACCCUAUUGGAACAAAAGGAAAUCAGUGGUAAACAAGCAGCUCACAUGUUCAGUUCUUCUGGGGAGGAAGAUUUUGAUCUUGUUACAGUGGAGCUUUUUGUUUCAGAUUCCACAGAAUAUGAUGUGAUGCUAAAAUCAGCUGUAUCCUUUGACCUGUAUGCCAAGCCAGGUAACAACAGGACUCUAACUCUGAUGAAUCCCAAAAAGUCUUUUUAUCAAUGGAGGCUUCGAGUUCCUUCUAACUAUGUGGUGAGACUGGUAGUUAUCACUUUGCAUGGUGUCACUCCAGAGAGCUGUGCAUCACACCAUUUAUCAGCAUAUGAUUUCCUUCUUCCUCUGCAGAACAAGAUCAUUACAAGAUGGUGUGGACCUGGGGCCUGGACUCCUCCUGUUGUACGUUUAACUUCGUCAAGUAAUGUAAUGUUGCUUACCUUUUCACUGGACCGAAGAGAAGAAAGCAGCAUUUUAAAAGCUCACUUUCAAGCUGUUCCUAAAAUCAUGUGUGGUGGUCAUCAUAUUUCCUGGAAUGGGACACUGAGUUCCCCUUAUUACCCAAGUUACUACCCACCAAACAUUGACUGCAGCUGGAUCAUCAGAGCACCGCUGCCUGGCUACAAGAUCUCAUUAAAAAUCCUCAUAAUACAAAUUCAAGAGAAGUCUCCAGGGUCCAGUAAAUGUGAUAAAGACUGGUUAGAAAUUGAUGGGGUUAGAUACUGCAAAGCUCUUCCUGAAAACAACAGAAACAGAGAAUAUGGCUAUUCUGUUGCAAUCAAGUUCCAUUCUGAUGAACUGGUUACCCACAGAGGGUUUUAUAUUGAAUACAAAGCCUUCAGUCACACAGACCGUUGCAAUCCAGAACAGUUUAACUGUGGUGAUGGGAAGUGUAAGCACCCGUAUAAGACUUGUAAAGAUGAUGACAGCUGUGGGGAGGACAGUGAUGAAAACAACUGCUCCUACGAAAGUUGCUCCCCUUAUGCAUACAAAUGCCUCAAUGGAAAAUGCUUGCUGAAACCAAAUCCUGAAUGUGAUGGGAAAAGAGACUGUGCAGAUGGAUCUGAUGAAAUGAACUGUGCUUGUGGAAGACACCAGCUUAAGAAAAACAGAAUUGUUGGAGGUGAAGAUGCAAGAUCUGGAAAGUGGCCUUGGCAAGCAAGUUUGCAGAUGGGAGCACAUGGCCAUGUGUGUGGUGCAUCUCUUAUUUCCAAUAGGUGGCUCGUAUCUGCUGCCCAUUGCUUCCUGGAUUCUGAGUCUGUGAGAUACUCUGUUCCUUCGGGAUGGAGAGCAUAUAUGGCCUUACAUACUAUUACUGAAAAGAGCAAUCGUAUAGCUAUGAGAUCAAUCAAAAGGAUUGUUGUCCACCCACAGUAUGACCACUCCACCUCAGACUAUGACAUUGCCCUGUUGGAAAUGGAGACUCCUGUAUUCUUCAGUGAGCUGGUACAGCCCAUUUGUUUACCCAGCACCUCUAGAGUAUUUGUUUAUGGAUCUAUCUGCUAUGUAACUGGCUGGGGAGCCAUAAAAGAAAAUAGUCAUCUUGCCAAAACACUGCAGGAAGCUCAAGUGAGACUAAUCAACCGAAGUGUUUGCAACAAGCUGUAUGAUGAUCUUAUCACAUCACGUAUGCUGUGUGCUGGGAAUCUUAAUGGUGGUGUUGAUGCAUGCCAGGGAGAUUCUGGAGGUCCCUUGGCCUGCACAGGAAAGGGAAAUCGAUGGUACCUUGCUGGUAUUGUGAGCUGGGGUGAAGGAUGUGCUCGUCGCAAUCGUCCUGGUGUAUACACUAAGGUGACAGCAGUUUAUGACUGGAUUCGUCAGAAUACAAACUGAUGUGCCAAAGAGAAAAUGCAGAUCAUCUCCCAUAUGAAAGCUGCUUUCUAAAGUAGUAUAUUACACUCUGAUGAUAUAACAUGAAAUGCCAUUGACUGUUUCUUCGUGAAAGAACACACACUUUCUUAAUGAAGAAAUUAUAAUUUGUUGUUCACCUAGCAGUAACUAUUCAGAUUCAGAGCAACUUCAGAUUCCUUAUGGAUUCAUCUUUCUUAUCCCCAGCAGCAGAAACAGCACUGCCAUAAAAAUGAAAAAAGAUGUAUUAGCAUCUGUAACAAAAUAGAGCCAAAUCUCUCUUCUGCAAAUCUUCUCCCCUCUUUCCAUCUCCCUUGCUGUCUUUUUAUCCAUAUAUGUUUCCACAUACACAUAUCUGGAUACUCAUGGCCACAUCCCAUAUACACUCAACUCAUAUAUAUUACCUUUGGUGUUACAGGAUUCUAAACGUAAAUUAUUAUUUCUUAUUUCUUGAAAAUACAAAUAUUAUAAUCAGUAUAGUAUGCAAAGCUGAGAUCAAUUAAUUCUCUAGUUAUGCUACCACUGCAUGACUCUACCUUCUGGGCUGUAAUUCUUGGGCUUUCUCCUGUGUUUUCCUAAAAAUGCCAGAUGUUAGGAUGCAAGAAAUUUUCACUCAAGAACUCGAAGAGCAUCAUUUAGGUUCUUUGUGAUGAUGUUUAAAUAAUAGGAAAGAAAUACUCAGUUUUAGUUAAUUAAAUAAAAGGAAACUGAGGUGCUUUCUUACAUUAUCUGUACAAUUUGAACAUAGCCGUAGGGUCUGACAUUUUCAAUAAGUUACAAGUGUAUUUCUGAAGCUCUGUCUCCUUCAUGCUUUGUGAAUCUUUAGCAUGCUUUUGAUGAGUUCACACUAAUUUUCCUGAUGUCCUUGGUCUGCAGCAAGCAGAAUUUCAGGGCCAGGAUUUUUGUUUUAUAUCUCUUCCUGGGCUGUGCCCACAUGGUCAGACUACAUUGAAAUGGAAAUGAAAGGAAAAGGUAUUUAUGUGGUUGUAUGCAUCUCUGGUAUCAAAGAAAGUGGAAGAAGAAAUGACAGCCACACUCCUUUAACCCUAGCAGUAAAUCUAGCUUUGAUAAUCAUAAUGUCCUGAUGAGCAGAUCAUCCCAAAUCAAGAUGAUUUAAGGUUACCAAAGCUGUUUAUGUGACUUAGGAAUACUGGUAUUGAAUUUAAUAAAAGUUCUGUCUUGAUGGUCUUAGAAUUGUGCUCAGUAUUUGGAAGUGUUGAAUAUUCAUCUUUAAUGUAUUUUAGAAAAAUAAAUAAAAUCAAAAUUUGGCAA